GUGCAAUUGUGCCUUUGCUCUAUUCAGCGCCUUUGGAGGGUUCGUCGCGUGCCAUCCGGACAUUCCUCGGUGUUUUCCCAUGGAACGUCCAUGACAUCAUCCAAACCGCUUCCGUUGGGCUCGAACUUAUCAAAAGCUCGAUUUUCAGCAACGCCGACGAGAAAUGCCCGCUUUGCCUGGUUACUUGUCAAGCCGCUGGUCUUGGCUGUAUAUAGUUGUCUUAACUCUCUUAACGAUGAUGGCCUGCAGAAUUUUUCCUGUUUAGUUUUAUUUGUCGGCAUUUCCGUCCUAUAUAUAAGAGAUCGAAUUUCGAACUCCCCCCCUGAAUGCUUGCGACGGUGAGGCCUUGGGAGUCCUAAACCGCCGACAAUGCCCUUCAACACAAUCACCGUUGCUUCGGUCAUUGCACCUACUGUUCUGAAAACCUGGUGUUUGCAUGUCUUCGGAGGAAAACCACCCAAGCAGAAGCCCGCAAAUCGUCUAUCCUACCAUGAAGGAUUGGAGAUCAUCCGCCGGUUCAUGUACUAUGCCUCGCAUCAUACGGUCGAGGAGUUCCAAGCCUUCACCGCCCGGCGUGUCCCAUCCCCCCACUGGGUCAAACAAUCCAACGUCGUGGUUCCUGCCGAGCACCUCGUUUCCGCAGGACAUUUGAUCAUCGCGGAACUUGGUCCCGGCGGUGUCGAUCGUGUGGGAGGCAAGACAUGGUGGCAGUGGAGGGGGGAUGAUGUCGCGCUAUACGCCGAAUGGAUCGAGAUGAAAAGCGACUACGCCCAGAGGAGGAAUUUAGGCCAAAGAUCUAAGCGAAUUAUCCUCUACGUGCACGGCGGAGCGUACUACUUUGGAAGCGUCGAUACGCAUCGAUAUCAGCUGCAAAGGCAUGCCAGGAAGCUCAAGGCGAGGCUUUUUGCUCGCCCCGAAGAGAUCAUAUUCGCCGGAGACUCGUCUGGAGGCGGAAUGGUGGCAUCGAUGCUCGUAAUCCUACGCGACCAAAAAAUGCCCCUACCUGUGGGAGGAAUAUUGAUAUCCCCGUGGCUCGAUUUGACCCAUUCAUUCCCCAGUAUGAAUGAUAUUGGAACUGAAGAUUAUCUGCCUAAAUACGGCUUCAUGCAACGGCCUUCCAUGGCGUGGCCACCGCCGAGUGCCGACGAAAUCGGUGUCGUAUCGAAAUGUGCGGGGAAAAUCUUACAAGCCAUAAAUUCACCACCCGUGGUGGAUAGUACUACUUCCGUUGACGAACGGGCCAUUGAGCAGUUUUUCAUCCGGGAAGCAACCGCAACGACCCAAGCUGGUCAUCUCGAACCCUUACCGGAGCACCAUGCAGCUAUCUUCCAGAACGGGCGGGGGCAUCCGCACCCCGACCAUCUCCUCACGGUUCAGAUGGACGGAGUGAUGAUAGAGCUGAAAGAUCAGAUUCAUAUGUACACGCCUAACGAGAUGCUGUCUCACCCGCUCGUGUCUCCCGUUCUGCAGCCGUCACUUGGCGGCUUGCCUCCGCUGUUAGUUCUUACUGGCGGCGGUGAGAUGCUUAGGGACGAACAGAUUUACUUUGCUCACAAAGCCGCUAAUCCCGCUGCCUAUCCUCCAAGCGAGAAGUACUUGAACCGACAUGACCCGGAGCGGAAGAUAAUCGACAAGUAUAAACCUACAUACGUGCAAUUGCAGGUCUGGGAGAACCUAUGUCAUGUGGCUCCCACUCUCAGUUUUACGCAGGCGGCAAAGUAUAUGUAUCGUUCAAUUGCACAAUUUGGAGCUUGGGCGCUCUCCCGGGCGCAAGAAUCGAGCAUUGAAAUUCCUGACUGGACUACGUCCUCGAGCGGAGAUAUCGAUUAUCCUGGUGGCCAACAGCGAAACCUAUUUCAGCAACAGCAAGGUUGCAGAUCUGUUGGAAAAGCUGGGGGUCCCCUCCCGCCUUUUCGUCACCACAUGAUCCGCCAAUUGAUUGAUGGUCAUGGCAAUAUUCGCCCAUUACCGGAUGAGUCUUACCUCCCAGCCCUCGGCCUCUCUCCUGAUGAAAUCGGAGAACCUAAAGUAGGCCCCGUAAGGAGGUGGUUGAACGCGAAGCAAGAGUGGGAUAAUAAGUAUUCCAGAUUGAGACGCAAAAUAUUAAAGAGGCGGGUAGAAGAGCUACUCUUAGGUAUUGAGGAGCUCGCCCCUGGUGAAACACCGCCACCGAGCUCUGCAGCGGCCAGACGGGGUAUUUCUAUCCGGAGAAUCCGAAAACCCACGAAGAAGAAUCGUGCAUUGGCUUUCUGGAAUUCAAUUGCAAAUAAACACGAUGAAGCAGUUCUCAGAGAGAGCGGGGAGUACGCUGGUCGUUUCCGGGCUCCUCUUCCCAGGCGCGCAAGUGAAACCAGGGUAGUGACGGAUGUUGGGCAAUCGAAUGAGUCCCAGAGAGACGUUUCAGAAAAAGUGUCAUCUCGUAAAGCGCCGUCGCUUGCCUCGUCGAAAUAUUCCGACUCUUCACCUCGCCAAAACGACGAUGCGGGCGAAGUCAACGGUGAUACCAAUGACAGGAAAGCAACCGACAUUUCUAUACCACCAAAGACGAUAGAUGACCUUCACCCACAUCCAGGUUAUGUCCCGCCCCGGAGCCCUCUUCGUGCAGCGUCCGUCAAGCGCAGAGACUCUCAGCAACGCCGGCGCCCUGAUGACAAAGCCAGCACCAAAGCUAUCCGUCAUGCUCAAGGUGUGAUAUCACCGGUCUCUCCUGUCCAGGCAUCAGCAUCCUCGCUCGAGUGGGAAACACCACGUGAAUCGCUAUCUGCAUUCUCAGGUAGACGAGAGCCAGGAAAACCGCGCACGAAAUCUAACCUUGCACAUGAGGAUGACUUGCCCGUCAACGGUGGAGAGGUAGUGGACGACACCAAGCGUCGGAGGCGCCACGCCGUGCAGACAAGUGAUCAAAAUCACUCCAGCCGGUAUAACCAUGAUGUUGGACGUCCUGCGCCACUUGCUGCCGCAAGGUCAGGUGGGUCUAUUCAUCGUAGCGGCCAAACUCAAGCCAAUUUUGGGGCGGCGCGAGGGUCCUCGAAAUACUACUAUCAGGGGAAAGAGUUAGCAGAUGAGUUUAAUUCCACCAGAGCUAGAGACCCCUCUGAGACAGAGCCGUUCCCGUCAUUUCCGGCCAGUGGCAAUAUAAGCGCUGCGUCGCGAUCCCGAGGCGAGGUCAACGGGGAUGCUGAGAAAACAGACGACGAAAGCGGAUAUUCGAGUGUUUAUUCAGAUGAACGAGUUGGCAUUGGAGACACGAGGACGAGAUUCUAAAGCUAUUAAGGAUAGGCCGAGUGAGCUUUAUCGAGGUCGUUUUAGAGAUUUCUCCGGCCAGAAUCCCGUAAUUGGUUAAAUAUACAGUCGCUCGAGAAUAAUCUGUUUCUAAAUUUCGGUAUCGACCUUAGUUUCGUGAAUAUUUUGGAUAUUAAUAUCGGAAUACGUUGUGAUAUAGCUAAUG